UUUAGUCAGUUGCACGCAGGCGGCGAUUUAGGAGCAUGGAGCAGCAGCAGGCGCCGCGCGCGGAGGCGGCAGCAGCGUUGCCGCGGCGCUGCCGAGUCGCCCGCAUCGAGGCCGCCGGCUUCAAGUGCUUUCGCGGCCGGCUGGAUGUGUCGCUUCCCUCCACAGCAGCUGCUUCCGGCUCGGGCUCGGGCGGCGGCGGCGGGCUGGUGUGUGUGGUGGGUCCCAACGGAUGCGGCAAGAGCGUGCUGGGCGAGUGCCUGGCCUUCGCCCUGGGCGGCGGCCGCCAGCUACUGCGUGCACGCAACCUGGCCGCCCUCAUCAGCCAGGGAUACUACAGCCGCAGCAGUAGCAGUGCCGGCAGCGGCGGCAGUAGCAGCGGCGGAGGGAACGGCAGUAGCAGCGGUGCCGGCGGUGGCGGAAAUGGCAGUAGCAGCAGCCGCCAGCAGCGGCAGCAGCAGCAGAAGCAGGCCCCGUCCCCGCCGCCGCCGUUUGUGGCUGUGACGUUUGUGAUGGAGCCCUGCGGUUGUGUUGCCACCGGCAAUGGCGGCGGCAAUACUGACGGCGGCGGUGGCGGCGGCCUCAGUGGGGCUGGAGCCAACGGCAGUAGCACGGGCAUGGGCGGCAGUAGCACGGGCAUGGACGGCAGUAGCACGGGCAUGGGCGGCAGUAGCAUCCGAGUGGAGCGGCGCCUCGUGCUGCUCGGCGGCGGCGGCGGCGGCGGGGCCGAGCCAUCAGGCGCCGCUGCUACUGCCGCCGGCGGUCGCAGUAACGCCGCCGCCGCCGCCACGGUCACACGGGUGGAGGAGCCGGCGGGCAGUGGGCGGUGGCGGCAGACCAACCAGGAGGAGCUGGCCGCCGCGCUGCGGCCCUUCGGCAUCAUCACCGGCGGCGGCAGUAGCACUGGCGGCGGUGGUGGCGGCGGCGGCAGUAGCAAUGGCGGUGGCGGUGGCGGCGGCAGUAGCAAUGGCGGUGGCGGCGGCGGCGGGACUGUGGACCGCUAUGUGGUGUCUCAGGGGCGGCGGGGGGCGGCGGUGGCGGGCGCGGGGGAGCCGCUGCAGCUGCUGGCGCACGUGGAGUGCCUGCUGGGCAUGGGGCCCCUGCAGGAGCGCCUGACGGCGCUGGAGGCGGAGCUUCGGACGGCGGCUCGGCAGCUGGAGGAGACGGAGGCGGGCGCGGCCAGGCUGCGGGCGCGGCGGCAGCAGCUGGCGCCGGUGGUGGGCCGCUGGCGGCGCUUCCUCGCGGCGGCGGCGGCGGCGGCGGGCCGGCGGCGGCGGCUGGCGGCGGCGCAGCUGGCUCGCACGCAGCAGCUGCUCAAGGGCGCGCGCAGAGAGGAGGGCGCGGCGGCUGAGGCGCGGUCCGAUGCAGAGCUGCGGGCGCGGCAGCUGGCGGCGGCAGAGGCCCCGGCGGCGGCGGCAGAGGCGGCGGCAGCGGCGCGGCAUGCGGCUGUCAGCAGCAAUCUAGAGGCGGCGGCUAGCAAGCUGUCGGAUCUGAGGGCAGCUGCCGUCAAGGCCGCCGCCGCCGCCGCCAUGACAGACGAGGAGGCGGCGCGCGCCGCCGCCGCCGCCGACCGACUGGGAGCCAAGGAGGCGGAGGGCGCGACGGUGGCGGCGGCGGCGCAGGAGGCGGCGGCGGCGGCGGCGGUGCGGUACCGGGCGGCGGCGGCGGAGCUGGCGACGGCAGUGGAUGCGGCGCGAGGAGGAGGAGCGGAUGGCGCCUGAUGCUGGUGCUGAUGCCGCCGGCGGCGACAGGCGCGGGACGCGAGGGUCAG